AUGCAUCCGCAUAUAGUUCAGAAUGUUACAGGAAAGCCUACACAGCCACAUAUAGUUCAGAACGUUGCAGGUAAGCCUACAAAACAACAUAUAGUUCAGAACGUUGCAACAAAGCAUACGCAGCCUCAUAAAUUUGCAGCAAAGCCUACACAGUCAAAUAUAGUUCAGAACGUUGCAGCAAAGCCUACGCAACCACAUGUAGUUCAGAAAGUUGCAGCUAAGCCUAUGCAUCCGCAUAUAGUUCAGAAAGUUGCAGCAAAGCCUACACAGCCACAUAUAGUUCAGAAUGUAGUUCAGAAAGUUGGAGCUAAGCCUACGCAACCACAUGUAGUUCAGAAAGUUGCAGCUAAGCAUACGCAACCACAUGUAGUUCAGAAAGUUGCAGCUAAGCAUACGCAACCACAUGCAACUAAGCAUACGCAACCACAUGUAGUUCAGAAAUUUGGAGCUAAGCCUACGCAACCACAUGUAGUUCAGAAAUUUGCAGCUAAGUCUACGCAGCCACAUAUAGUUCAGAAAGUUGCAGCUAAGCAUACGCAGCCACAUGUAGUUCAGAAAGUUGCAGCUAAGCCUACGCAACCACAUGUAGUUCAGAAAGUUGCAGCUAAGCAUACGCAACCACAUAUAGUUCAGAAAGUUGCAGCUAAGCAUACGCAACCACAUAUAGUUCAGAAAGUUGCAGCUAUGCAUACGCAACCACAUAUAGUACAGAAUGUUGCAGCUAAGCAUACGCAACCACAUAUAGUUCAGAAAGUUGCAGCUAAGCAUACGCAACCACAUUUCAGAAAUACGCAACCACAUGUAGUUCAGAAAGUUGCAGCUAAGCAUACGCAACCACAUGUAGUUCAGAAAGUUGCAGCUAAGCAUACGCAACCACAUGUAGUUCAGAAAGUUGCAGCUAAGCAUACGCAACCACAUGUAGUUCAGAAAGUUGCAGCUAAGCAUACGCAACCACAUGUAGUUCAGAAAGUUGGAGCUAAGCCUACGCAACCACAUGUAGUUCAGAAAGUUGGAGCUAAGCAUACGCAGCCACAUGUAGUUCAGAAAGUUGCAGCUAAGCCUACGCAGCCACAUGUAGAUCAGAAAGUUGCAGCUAAGCCUACGCAGCCACAUAUAGUUCAGAAAGUUGCAGUCAAGCCUAUGCAACCACAUGUAGAUCAGAAAGUUGCAGCUAAGCCUACGCAGCCACAUAUAAUUCAGAAGUUGCAGCUAAGCAUACGCAGCCACAUACAGUUCAGAAAGUUGCAGUCAAGCCUAUGCAACCACAUGUAG